AUGCCGUCUGCAACGGGUAACAAGCGUGUCAAGACCGUCUCCGUCUUCCGCCCAUUCAUCUUCGGCAGCGAAGCGCAACCUUUCGACCCCGAGAAACGGCCUGCCAACACCCCCGUUGACCACACCCACCAAUGGCGCAUUUUCGUCAAAGGGAUCAACGACGAAGACAUCUCCUACUGGCUGAAAAAAGUCCAAUUCAAGCUCCACGAAACCUACGCGCAAGCCGUCCGCACCAUCGAAGCACCCCCCUUUGAAGUCGUCGAGACCGGCUGGGGUGAAUUCGAAAUCCAAAUCAAGCUCUACUUCACACCCGAAUCGGGCGAAAAGCCCCAAACGCUCUGGCACAGUUUGAAACUGCACCCCUACGGCCCGGAUGCGGAGGGUAUGAAGGAGCGGCGUGAGGUGGUUGUCAGCCAGAAUUAUGAGGAGGUCAUCUUUAAUGAGCCCGUUGAGCCGUUUUAUGAGUUGAUGACGGGUGGUCAGCCGGCUGGGACGCCGGUGGCGCCGAGGGGGAAGGGAAAGAAUACGAAGCAGCCGGGCCGGACAGCGGAGAUUCCGUUGAGUGAUUCGCCGAAGAAUCCGUAUAGCCGGGCGACGGAGGGGAAGGAGUUGGAUCGCAUGUCUGAGGCGAUUAAGACGGUUGAUCAGAUGAUCAAGGAGGAGAAGGAGAAGUUGGUUGAGCGGGAGAAGUACUUGGCGGAGCUAAGGGAGAGCGAGGGCGUUCCUGCUACCACGAAGAAGAGAUGA